CUCAUGUUGAUGGUGCCUGAUCUAACCUCUUAAUCCACACCUUCACACUGCCUUGUCGCCGUUUCAUUGCAACUGUUAGGCACUAUAACUUGCAGCGUGUUCCUCAAGCAUACCUCACAUGGGAAGGAUUCUGUCCAAUCGACUCACACCUCCUCCCAUUGCCCCUGGUCUAAACCAUGGGUUCGCAGGGCUCGCAUGGCCCUUGUUCGACUGAAGAUCAGUUUGGGGAUGAAAUGGCGCUUGACUACUCUGGUGAUCUCGACCAUGCUCCAGCAACCUCGCAAGGCACUUUCCUCCACGGCUCAAAUGAGGGUCUGGAACCCUUAGAGGACUACCAAGAAGGUGGCUAUCAUCCCAUCCAUAUUGGAGACGUGCUUGGUCCAUCAGAUCGCUAUCGAAUUAUUCACAAACUCGGCCAUGGAGGCUUCGGUACAGUGUGGCUUUGUCGGGACUCAUUUGAAGCUCGCUACAUCGCGCUCAAGGUCAUGGUCAGUGAUUUGAAGUCCGAUGAGAUUCUUGACUGCAGCUUGCCGGAACUCGACCAGUCCAUGCCUGGCGCCAAGUACAUUGCAUCGCCGCUUGAUUCAUUCUCCAUUGAAGGGCCAAAUGGAAAUCAUCAAUGUCUGGCACUCCCACCACUUGGGCCUUGUGUAUCGCCCCGUUUGUGGAUGCGGUUGGAAAAGGACCCUGCUGCUGUCUUACGAAAGUUCGCUCAUCAGACAACCCAAGCAUUGAAUUUCCUCCAUAAGAAUCGGAUUUGUCACGGAGACUUUCGCCCAUCCAACAUUUUAGUCAAGUUGGCCAAUCUGGAUCACCUCUCUGAGGAUGAGUUGCUCUCCCAGCUAGGGCACCCCGAAAAGAUCCAGGUGCAGACAGAAUCAGGAGUAGAGCUUCCAGCAUCUAGCCCUAGGUACCUCGUACAGCCAGCCGACAUCUCCCAACUCGGGGACGAAUUCCUCACAGAAGAGAUUUGUGUGAUUGACUUUGGCGAGUCAUUCAAGUUCUCAUCGCCACCGGAAGACCUCGGUAUCCCAGAGAAUUAUCUCCCACCAGAGAUUCUUCUAGAAUGCCGCGAUCCAAUUGGCCCAGCCUGUGAUCUCUGGGCUCUUGGGUGUACACUGUUCGAAAUCAGAGAGCAGCUUCCGCUCUUCUACAUGAUUUACGACAGAGACGAGUUAUUGGCAGAGAUGGUGAGAUUCUUUGGCAAGCUCCCAGAAGAUUUGUGGGCGAAAUGGGAGGCGCGUGAAGAGUAUUUCGACCCCGAUGGGACAUGGCGUCGUGACGAAGAGGAUUGGUCGCUCGAGGUGGCGCUGAGCAAACCGAUGGAGGUUUUUGAUGCGGGUGAAAAGUACAAGGAGGAACCUAAGCAGUCGUUGAAAACUCCUGAAGUUGAGCAGAAGUUGAUGGCGGAACUUUUAAAUCAGUUAUUUGAGUAUAAUCUUCAGGAACGGAUUAGUACAGAGGAGGUUCUUAGACAUAAAUGGUUCGAGCUAUAGUUUUCACCUUAGUAACCUUUUUCCUUCAGUAAUAUAUUCAAUCUUUG